GGCUGGCCAGCAGUGCUGGGGUGCGGGCAGAGGCUGUGGGACUGUGUCCUGCAGCCUCCCGGGGAGGCACGAGGUGUUAUCCAGUGAACCCUCUUGCCGUAUGCGCCUGGGGACGUCUGCCCUGGCCAGAGCGACCGGACGGGGCCCUGGGAAGACACGGCCGAGGCCUCGGUGACUGGCGUGAGACACCGAUGCCGAGCACAAGAUGAGAGAUGGGGGGAUGGAGCGGGCAGCGGUGUCGUGGUAACCCCAGACGUGGGGCGAGCGCCGUGGGUGAGGAUGGCCUGUCGUGACAUCCCCCAGUGAUGGACGGUGAAGUCCCCGAGUGAUGCAUUCUGGUGUCACCGAGGGAUGGACUGCGAUGUCACCGAGGCGUGGAUUGUGACCAGGCGUCCCUCGCCGCUUAUACUCGGGCGACGAGUCUCAGCCAGCCAGCCAGCUCGUGCCCGCACUCCAGCUGAGCGAGUUCGUGAGGUCUGGAGUGUUGAGCGAGGCCUUUGGUGCUGGUGUCGUGCUCGGGGAGCUGUUCGUUGCAGCUCUCCGUGUCCAACCCCAGAGCCGUCAGAGGAUUUUCCCCAGCCCGGCCCUGCCAGGUUCGGGCAGCCGGGGCACCCAGGAGGCACGCUCGCAGCAGCAGAGCGCGACAGCUGCCGCUGCAGAGGCGGUGAUGGGGAGCGACUCGACAUCCCCAGCUCCCCCCAGCCCACCACAGCACGUGGAGAGCAUGGCCGCGGAGCCGGACAACCGCUGUCCCAUCUGCCUGGACAGCUGGGAGGAGGCCAGCUUUGCCAUGCCGUGCCUCCACCAGUUCUGCUAUGCAUGCAUCCUGCGGUGGGCUGAGAGCAAGCCCGAGUGCCCCGUCUGCAAGAGGAGGAUCAUCUCCGUCGUGCACUCGGUGUGGGCGGACGACGACUCUGAGGAGAACGUCAUCACACCAUCUACAGCAUCGGCAGUCGUCGGCCGCCAGGCAGGAGGGGCUCUCGGCCGUCCAGCUGCCCACAGCCCUGCAGCAGCAGAACGACAGCCUGUGGAGAUCCAGCUGCCUGGGGCUCCUCCGGGCGGCCUGCGGCCCAACACCUGGGCAUCCCUUUUCCGGGACCACCCAGCUCUCCUCCAGCCCCUUCUGACCUGGGUGCGUCAGGAGCUGGGGCGGAUCUUUGGGAACGGGCGUUCGCAGGCAGCCGUAGUGGAGGACCUCGUCACGCCCCUCCUGGUCCUCUUUGGGCUGGAUGAAGACCUACUGGUCCAGCUGCUGAGGGCCACCCUCCAAAAUCGCACGGCGACGUUUGUGCACCAGCUUAUUGACGUCGCCGUGCAACGGUGCAGCGGGGAGGCCCGCCGUCUGCUGGGCCUGGAGGACGGCCAUGCUGCGGGGGGGGCGGGAGGGCAGCCCCGCGGGUGCCCCCGGCCCUGCUGCCUCCCGGCGAGGGUCUCCCACACCUGGGCCGGCCCCCUCCGACAGCCCCGAAGGAGCCAAAGCGGACGACCUCCCCAGCACCUCCGCAGCUGCCCUUCGGGGGGGUCCCGGCAGCCCUCCCCCUGCCCCCGUUCCUGUCCGCGGGGAGCAAGAAGAGCCCCAGGAGGAGCCCCAGGAGGCCGCGGCAGGUCCAUCUACGUCCAGCCGGGGCAGGGAACGCUCCCCUGGGGGGCCACGGCGAGCCCCAAAGAGGAGGGUCGGCAGCCCCGAGGCCUCUUCUCCAGCCAAGAAGAGGCCACCCCGCCAGCAGCGCUAGAAGAACGCCCCAGGCGCUGCCGAAACCAGGGCUGGGCCAGCAGCUGGGGCGUGCGCCGGCCCUCAAGGGCUCCCGGCCCUCUAAUUGUCAGGCACUAA